UAGGCGAAGGAAGGCUGUUAAUGAAGUCUUACCUGAGCUGCACCCGUAACUCCCGUUAGCUCGUGCUGUGUGUUACCCUGAAGAUGGUCGCUUUCAGAGGACUUUGUCGCAGCUUCUCGCGCCUGGCUAAAGUUGCUGCGCAAAAGACAGUCUGGAAAUAUGACAAAUGGUGCACCAUGGCGUCCUAUAAGAUUCAGGCAGUGUCAGAUGGAGAGCUGAACAUGUCUGCGCGGGGCUGCGGAGGCAGCAGCUCCAGUCUUCCAGGGACGCCGUACGGAGAGGCCGGUCCAGCCAACAGUGUGAUGAGCUGGGCCGUGUCUUUUGAGAAGCUGCUUGAGGACCCCUGUGGAGUCCGACACUUCACGGCCUUUUUGAGGUCUGAAGUGAGUGCAGAAAACAUUUUAUUCUGGCAAGACUGUGAAAAGUUUCGAAAGAUCCCAUCCACCUCUUUGGAUGAGCUGAAGGCCGCAGCUCGCUCUAUCUAUGACACCUACCUGUCCGACAGCGCUCCCUACUCAGUCAACAUUGAUGACACUGCCAAGACAGGGGAGAAGGACCUGGAGCAGCCCACUCCUGACAUGUUUAACAAGGCUCAAACUCAGAUAUUUAAACUGAUGAAGAUGGACUCCUACAGGCGCUUUGUGCGCUCUCCUCUCUACCAGAGUUGCACCUUGGCAAGCGUGGAAGGUAAACUUCUACCUCAGCUCUCUAACGAGCCUGUACGCAUGGGAUCCUGGGAGGAUGUAGCCACCAGAAGCCCCUUGUUUGGUGACAAAAAGAAAAACAUGCCAGACUCAAGUAGCUUGUCGGGUGGAAAGAGUGCCUCGGAGAAACAGCGUCAGAAAAGAGGAUCCUGGGGAGACUCAUCCAACAUCCGUGGUUUAGUUCCCAAGACAGACUCCCAUCUGUCAGUGAAGUCGAACAGCAGUGUGGAGCUCAGCUCCCUCUACAGGCAGAUGGAGAAUGGCCGAUCGAGUCCACGGUCCCCAGAUCAGGGUGGUGGAGGCGGGGGUCGGAUAGGAGUGGAGGGGGGCUACUGUUGUGUAUACCUACCUGAUGGUAGUGCCUCCCUGGCUCCCACACCUAAUGGCCAGCCCAUUAAAGACAUGCUGGCCAGCCUGUGUGAGAAGAGAGGCUUCCCACUGAAAGACGUCAUCAUCUACCUUCAAGGCAAAGACAAGCAACCAUUAUCACUGGACCAGGACUGCUCUGUACUGAGGGAUCAGCAAGUCACUUUAGAGCUCAGGGUGACGUUUGCGCUGGAGAUUGCCUUCACUGGUAAGACGGUGGGGAUCAUGGUAAAGUCUAGUAAGAUGCUGCAGGACGCUCUCUCAGUUGUCCUGCAGAAACAUCAUCUCAAGAUACAAGAGGCUGUUGUUACUAUGGUUGGAAGUGAUGAGCCUGUGAGCAUGAGCAGCUCUGUGUUCAAACUUGCUAACAAGACUCUACGACUUGAUAAAUCCAAAGGAAAAGACAGAACCGGCGGUUCAACGACAGCAACACAGUCUGGAGGAGGGAGUGCAGGAGGUCCGGAGAUUUGGUCAUCAGCACAGAUGGACAGAGCCAAGAGUCAGCCCAGACCCAGUAAGAACCGCGACAUGGAUGGGCUUCUGGACAUGCUGACAAGGGCUCAGUGCAGCCGGGUGGAUGACCAGCGAGGCCUCUUGACCAAAGAGCAGCUGGAGGUCCCGCUGUUCCUGCAGCUUCCCUUAAAUCAGGGACCGGACACAGCAGCAGACGAGCCUGGCACAACCUGCUCCUCCUCCGCAGACUCCAAAGAAGAAGAUAAAUCUAUAACUUCUGGUGAUGCAGUAUCUGAAUCCCCUGGUUCUGCUGUGUCUGAAGCAAAGGAUGUCAAGGAAACAGAAGUUUGAAAGACUCUGGUGUGUGCAGUGGACACAAACAUGAUGAGAAGCCAAACAUCUUGCAACGUCAUGGGACUAAUUAUGUCAGAUGACAGAAACUAAUUUCUAAGAAAAAAAUGGUCAAGCACUUUUUUAUAAUGGUUUACAAAUAAGCUUUUUUUAGACUGCAGUGUGUGACCAUCCCUGCUUCAGAAUAAUUGGACCCUUGAGGCAAAUUAUAAAGAAGAAUGAUGGCAAAUUUUUCUAGUGUCACUUAAAACACUACAAAUCUGACGGAAAAAUGUUUGCUAUGAAUUGUUGAAUAGACCUAAAACUGUUUAAAGAGAUGUAUUAGUGGAACAUUUCAUCCUGAAGCCAACAUUUUUGCUUUAAUACUCCCUGUCUGGAAUAUUUUUUUAGUAUACAGUUAUACGAUUGCUCACAAUCUAACUUUUUUCUUCACAGGACUGUCCAGGAGUGAGUUUCAAAGUGUUGCACAUUUAUUUUCUCUCUUUUACUUAGAUGUGUUUAACUCCUUAUUUUAUUCUGUGUUGCUGUUUUUAAAAGGAAUGCUUGUUGUGCUUAAAAAUGUACUUGUUUGCUGUGAAGGCACUUUGGGAAAACGCUGGUCAAGUCCUGCUCUCCUGUCAUGCCAGCCUACAUCUCAGGGUCCACAUCAUGAAUAAGUUAUGUGAUCUAAAAAAAAAACAAAACAGAUUGAAUCAGAUGAUGUGAGCAUCAUUAAAGUUUCCUGUGGUUAAAUGA